UAUUAUUCCAACUUUGAAGACAUGUAUAGAGCACCAUUGACUUUUCAAUUAGAACCCUUAUAAAUGGUUAAUAGUACACAAAGCACUUCUGUAGUUGUAAUCCUUAAUAGAAUCCAUGGAAACCAAAGUCCUACCCAGCGGAACCAGGUACUCUUUCCACCCUGAAAACUACGUCCGGCCUGAAUUCGCCCGGCCGAGGCUGUCGGAGCUCACCUUCUGCAACGAUGUUCCGGUCAUAGAUUUGGGUUGCGGAGAACGAGAGCUGAUGGUCAAACAAAUAGCGCAAGCCUGCUCCGAAUAUGGAUUUUUCCAGGUGAUAAACCACGGGGUACCAAAGAAAGUGAUAGAGGACAUGUUAAAAGUGGCCGAAGAAUUUUUCCAGUUGCCAGUAGAGGAGAAGAUGAAACUCUACACCGACUACCCAUCAAAGACGAUGAGACUUUCCACCAGCUUCAAUGUCAAAAAACUGACGGUUCAUAACUGGAGAGACUAUCUCAGACUUCCCUGCCUCCCAUCGGGGAAAUACUCUCCAGAAUGGCCUUCAAACCCCUCUUCUUUCAGGGAUAUCGUGAGCAAUUAUGUGAAGGAAGUUCGAGAACUUGGAUUUAGGGUAGAAGAAGCCAUAUCAGAAAGCUUAGGCCUGGAAAAGAGUAGCAUCCGCGAGGUGUUGGGCGAGCAGGGUCAGCACUUACGGCUUGCCGAACCGGAGCUCACUUACGGCUUGCCGGCGCAUACUGAUCCCAAUGCCCUCACCAUUCUCCUUCAGGACACGCAGGUUUCAGGGCUCCAAGUCCUCAAGGAUGGCAAGUGGUUGGCUGUCAAACCUCACCCAGAUGCCUUUGUUAUCAACCUUGGUGAUCAACUGCAGGCACUCAGGAGGAAUAAUGGCAAGUACAAGAGCGUAUGUUACAGUGCUAUUGUGAACAAACACGGUGCAAGAAUGUUGAACAUCUCUUUCAAAAUGGAAGAACCCAUACCAAACCUUCAAGAAACUGAAUUCAAUGUCACUGCAACGCCACAACAGCGCCCAACAAAUUAUCCUCCGCCACCAGCAUCUGAUCACACUCCGCCGCCACAUGGAAGGUCUCGUUUUUGGGGCAAAGUUGUUAAGAUUGCGAUACGUCUUACGGUUGGAUUCAUUUCUAAUGUACUUUCUGAUGAACUUGCUGAUGACCUGGAUAUAUAA